GUUCAUUUAAGCUGCUUUCUCUGUGUUGCUCUGUUUCAUGCACGCUAACGUUCUUCUCGAAGAAGUUUAAAGUACUUUCAUUCUCAACUUCAUCAUCACAUCAAGUAAGAGAUAUCCAGCAUAAUGUGCAAACAUAUCUUGAACGCACAAGUAAGCGUUCGAGCACCAUGUUGUCGAAGAUUUUUUGAUUGUCCAUUAUGUCAUUCAGAACAAACGGGUGACGAACAUAAAUUACGCAAAACGAUUGAAAUGCAAUUCAUUUGUAAAAAAUGCAAACGUGCGUUUCGUAAAGACCUUACAAGGUUCGAAGAAGAAGAUGAAUAUUGUCCACAUUGCGAUAAUCAUUUUGUCAUCGAGGCACAAACGCCCGGAAUGCAGGACACGGCGGGACCAUCGACUUCCCGAGGAGGAGAGAAUGGAGAAGAAGACGAUGAAAAUGGGACCGCAGAACCACUACGACCCGAUUUAGAACAUAGCGCACGUAUCCUUUUGGACGAUCGAAUGCGAUACGAUCCAAGACGUGAUUGGGUUGCAACAGAUUUAACAGCGGGCGAAAAAGGUGAACGUAUUGAUGAAGGUGGAUUGAUUGGUGUUUUUCAACAAAAAGAAGAUUCUGAAAGACAGGCUUUACAGGCUACAAGGGAUUACAAGAAUAUGAUGAACGCAGUAGGAGCGGGAAACAAUGGUGCACAGCACGCAAUUAAAGAUGACGAUCUAGAUUGGAGCUAAACAGACUUGCUCGGAUACUAAAGGCUUUGUAUUAUAUCAAGAAUUAUAUUUCUGUUGCAUCAGAGAUAUCAUGUCCGAUCAGACUCUAAAGUAGCGAAAGGUAUAAUGUACAAAA